UCCCCCGUUAAAGGUAGUCUAUGAAAUAAACAAGAAUUAGUAACAACUUGAUUUUUAUUUAAUACAUUUACACCAUCUACACCCAACAAGGUAGUUUCAUUUAGUACUGAGAAUAUGUAGUGGGAGUUCACCUCAUUAAAAUAAAACAAUUAUUAGUACAAAAAAUAUGUUUAUUAAUUACUAUCGCUGGUACAAUAAAAUCUAAUUAUAAUAUUAUUACGUUUAUGAUUUACUUGAACCAUCUUCAGGAUCAUGAAUGUCUACGUCAAUAUCCUCAUUACUACAAGUAUCACCUUCAUUAUUUUCUUCUUUUCCAUAUAAAGCAGAUGGGAGAAAUUUUUUUAUUCGAAUUAAAUAACCAUCCAAUUCUACAACUUUUAGUAACGAUACAAAUCCAUAUAAACAGAUUUGGUUUUUAAGAUACAAGUCGCAAAUUUCAACACCUUUUUCAUAUUUUCUGGCUAAUUCUAUACAAUAUUCUGAAGAAUAUGGUGAUGGACGCACUGCACCAUAAAUGGCUUCAUGAGAAGCAUCAAAUUCCAAAUUGGAGAAAAGUUGGUGUAAACUUUCAACACCACUCUUUAAAUCCGUAACUUCGAUGUCGGUAACGUAACACAUCCACAUUGUAAAUAUUAGUUACUAGCAGUGAAGCUGAAGAACGACUGUAUAAGUUUUCUUUACAACACGUUAUAAACUAAAACCCCCCACCAACAGAUGGUUAGCACCCCACUACGAUUUUAUAAUAAAUCCAUUUCAAAACUAUCUACAUAAAAUUCACGCCCAUCAUUAUUUUCUUCUUCUGGUAGAAGUAGUUUAGCUUGUUGGAUUAAAUAAUCGAGAUUGUUUUGUUGUUGAUCAGGUGUAAACGUAUCUAUUUUGUAAUGACCCCACGGUAAUGUGUUAAUAGUUCCAGGUAUAACAUACCUCUUAUCAUCGUGGGAAGUUAAAGCAACCUUAUUUUUUAACUCGGUAUACAUUUCAUGUAAAUGCGACUUAAAUGUAUACAUUUUACGAUAAAUCUUUGCAUUAGCAUUAUCAACCACUUGUUUAUAAUCCGUAAAUGUUAAAGAUUUAUUUAUAACGUUUUUGGAAAUCCCUUUAGCUUUUCUACAAUGUUUAUUGUUACUCAAUGUCACACAAUAAGCUUUGGCACCAGUACCACAAAAAUUCGUAAUUGGUUCACCUUUAAACUCAUCCUUUAAUUUACCAACUACUGAUGGUGUUUUGGGUAUAUUAAAAAUAUUAUCUACUGGGUAAUUAGAUGUAUCAAAUAAAUCAAGGUUUUCUUUAAUAUCGCGGUACACGUUUUCUGUUUGAAUAUGUAAAAUUAAAGAAUCAGUGUCGGUAUACAAAAGGGUUGCAUCACCCAUAUAUUUAGCUUUAAUAUAGUUGUAAAAGAAAUCAUACAUACGAAUUUUGGAUAUUUCUAAAAUUGAAAAACCGACAUAUACCGGUUUGUCGUAAACAAUUUUUAAAAUAUUCAUUUGAAUUGCGACUAAAUUGUCAGAAAAUAUUGAAACUGAGUGGAAAUUCGGCAUACUAAUAAAUCCUUCAGCACCGAUACUACCGGGUAAGUUUUCCCAGUGGGAUAAUAGUUUAAUAUCAACCCUUUUAUCAACGUUUUCCAUAGUUUUCCCAUAAAUAGAGUUGGUGUAAUUCUUAUAUGUGCUUUUAUCAAAUUCAUUAUCUGAGGAAUUACGUAAAUUCGUAUUCAAUUCAAUAUAAGGUUUUAGCCACGGUGAUUGAGAAAAUUCUAGAAUUCGAUAAAUUUUAGCCACCUUUAACCCUUGUUCAACACAUUGUUUUAGAUUUCUAUAAUGGAUAAUAUAUUUAUGUUUCGGUAACAACGUUAAUACAAGUUUGGAUCUUUACCAUUAGGAGGUAUUAUAUUUUCAGGGCAAAACGGUAAGUCGUUGUGAUGAUCAUGCAAUGUUUCAGGAUAUGUUAAAUCAACUUCCAAAACAUACCCCUUCGGAGAUUCAUCAUCGAUUGAUAAACAAUCAAAAUUAGUGAUUUCUACACCAUCUAACCACCGAAAAUCACCAUGUGGAAGGUAUUGACUCAUGGCGUAACCAUAAAGAUUUGUUGCGUCUAAAUAAAGAAUAUAGGAAGUAGGUUUAGAACAAUCAUAAUUUUCACAAUACUGAUUAUUUGCAGUAGCAAAUCUAGUGCUACAUUGACUUAUACCUCCACGUAUUCCCUUUUUAAAAAAAUGAAGCAUAUCAAUAUCUGUUAAUAAUUCAAGCUGAAUAUUAGUUUUACGCAACAUGGCAUCCCAGCUAAGUGAUGGAGCUGUUAAAUAUUGAGCAGGAUCUAAUUUAUAAUUAAAUAAACAAUUACGCCGAAAAUUUUCAAAAACGUCAGCUAAUAAUAAAACAUCCGACUUUAAAUAAACAUCAGAGUACUCCCCUAAAUUUUUACAAUCAAAAACUCCCCAAACUUGCUUAGCUCGUAAAUAUUUUUCAUUGGAAAUACCUUCACCUUUUAAAACAUCGAAAAAUUGUUCUUGUGCAGGUAAAGAUAUCUCAUUAAGUUUUGAAAAGUUAUCCAAGUAUGAAUAAGGGAAAACGCCUUUCUGUCGUAACAAUCCGAACUCUUCAUUUGACCGACAAUAUUUUCGUAACUCUAGACAUUGAUCACCGUCAAGAGUUUUACUUAAAUUAUCUAGUGAAUGAGGUAAAAAUCUGAAAGAAUCUACAAACCUUAAUUUUAAAUAUGUAUUUUGUUCUAGACCGCGAUCAACUAAAAGUAAUUUGGUAAAUGAUAUAUAUUUUUCUUUAGUUUGUGCAAUAACAUCAAUUUUUUCGUUAUUUUGAGCUAAUUUUGUUAUAAAAAGAUGUGCAUCGUAAUUGGUUAAAUUAUGCAUAAAAACGGGGAUAAACUUCGGUAAUUUGUAAUUUAAAUUACAAGCGUUAUGAGCUGCUCCCGAAAACAACCCCGUUAAAUGUGAAUGAUUUCUAACCUUCAUUUCGUUAAUAUCGAAUGGUUUAUCACAAAUGUGACAGCACUUACUUUCAAAAAAUUGUAAUUCCUCUUCCGUUGUGAGUUUUUUCAUAGGUUUAAUAUGUUUAAGGUAUUUAUGAUAAAUCGUGUAAACUUCUUUUUCUAGUUUUUGAAUAAAUGUUUCAGCCACAUUAUCACCGCGGUAAAUAAUAAGUUGUGAUAAGCUAUCAUCAAAAUAACAUUUAAUAUAAAAACCGAAUGAAUAUGGUGUGUGCUGGUAGGUUUUAACAGUGAAUGAGGAAUUAUCAGAAGGUGUCACAUGUUGUAUCGGUUGUAGUAUACUUUCAAAAUCAGCGUAUAUAACAAACGGAACUUGCAUUUGUUUAUGAAAGUUGGAAAACUGUAAGAUAUUUUCUUUUUGUAGAUGCCCAAAUUUAUUGAGAAUCAUGUCUGUAGUUGGAAGCUUAGUAUAUACAAAGUUACAAUCAUUGUCUUCAUGUUUGUGAAGACGUUCCAAGGAUGAGAAAAAUUGUAAACAACCAUUACAUAGAAAAGUCUGACCAUUAUGAUGUGAUUUUUGACUUGAUAUUAACCGCGAUAAAUUUUUAAUAUAACAAUAAUGACUAUUCCCGUUAUCAUCAAAAAUAAGUAAUAAAUUAACAUGUGUAGAUUUUUUAGAUUUUGUAUGAUAUAGUGGUCCAACGAUUUCCAAUUGUGUAACAUUAUUUUUAAAACAUUCACCGACCCCAAAAACGUUAAUUGAAAUAUUAUUUAGUAAUUCAAAUUUUGGUAUAUCUGACAAUUUCAUAGGGAAUUCUAUAUUAUGGAACUGUAAGAGACUAGUAUAAUGCGGAUAAGAAGUAGUAAGAUUGGAUUUACCUGUCGGGUUAAAAAUGGAUGCGUUUACCGCCCAACCAAAACAUGCUUCAUCUUUAUUCAUUAUAUUAAUAACCGCUUUCUUCACCUCGAUUUGUCGUGGCAACCUGAUAUAUGAAGAAGAUCGUAGAGGGUUGUACUUAUUGAUAUUAACUUCUAAUGAUUGGAUUUGUAAAAGACUCCAUCCAGAAUCCUUUUCUUGUAUUUCCGAAACCUUGGGUAAUAUUUCACUAAUAAAAUCUUGAUAUGCUUGUUUCAGAUUAGUAGAAAUAGUAAUAAUUUGAUUUUGAGUAUUAAAUGAUUUUAAAUCAUAAGUAUCUUUUUCAGGUAUUGUAUACAUAGAGUAAAGUUCGACAUUAACUUUUAUCACUUUAAAUUCGUGUAAAUAGUUAUGUAGAAGGCUCAAAACGUUACCCUCAAUUUCAUUAAAAAAUUCCAUGUGGUCAGUGUGAUGUUUGCUGCUAGUUAGACGGUAACUACUAAUACGAUUUUUAAACGAACUUGAUAGUUUCUCAACCCCACUGUCUAGAUAAUUAAUAACACUUUUGUGUGAAUUACUACGUAAAUGCCCUGUUAGCCCUCUUCCACAAAUUUUUUUAUAACAAUCUUGACAUUCUAUAAUAUUGGAUCUAGUUGUAACUGAACGGGCAUUAGAUGCUUCUGCGGUAGGACGGGAAGUUGCUUCUGCAGUAGCCGAAUAGUUUAUAUUAGCUGAUGUAUCAACACCUGACAGUUUUGCCUUUUUCACUUUAUUAUUAAACCGUUGUGGACAACUUUCCCGUUUAUGUCGAGUUACACUGCUUCUGCUGGAUAAAACUUUUAAACAGGAGUCGCACUGCAUGUUUCUUGACUGAAAGGUGGUGGACGUAUGACGCAAAAAUAAACAACGACAAAAGAAGUGUGAUGUAUAAAUAUAAACCGGUUUUCGAAUACCGGUUUUGAACUGGAAAUACCAGUUUUAAACUGGUGAUACCAGUUUUGGAAAUACCAGUUGGAUACCAGUUUUAAACUGGAUAUCCUCGUUAUUUUCAAGUAAUAACAGAUUAGUAUUUAUAUACUGAUUAGUAUAUACUGACUAUGAGGUAGGAUGAAACAGUUUUUACCGCUUUAUCGCGAUAUGUGUGAUUUUUUCUAAAAAUUAAUGAUAGCUUCACAUUCUAGACGUCAAGACCUUUCAUUAGUGUGGUUGGAAUGUGGUAGUAAGAUGAAAAAACAGGUUUUACCGCUUUAUCGCGCUAUGCUUGAUUUUUUUUCUAAAAAUAAUGAUAGCUUUACACUCUAGACGUCAAGACCUUUCAUUAGAGUGGUUGAAAUGUGUAAGUAGGAUGAAAAAAACAGUUUUUACCGCUUUAUCCUGCUAUGCAUGAUUUUUUCUAAAAAAUAACGAUAGUUUUGUACUCCAACCGUCAAGACCUUUCAUUAGAGUGGUUGGAAGGUGGUGGUAGGAUCAAAAAUAAAAAAACCUCAAAAAUAAAAAACCUCAAAAAUAAAAAAAUAUAAAAAAUGAAAAAAAAAAAAAAAAAAAAAAAGUUUUUUGUUUGAGAACUGGUUUCAGGAGGGCAUCCACCUUUCUUUGUUUCAGAACUGGUUUCAGGACGGGCUUAAGAAUCUACCCUACCACUUCGUUGGGUUGAGUUCUCUUAUAAAUUUCAGUUUAAGAUGUUCGCUCAAUUAUUUAAGUCUUGUUUUUCAACCGCUUCCGAUCCUGAAAUGGAUUUAGAUUGUCAUGAAAAGUGUGUAAUCGCCGCAAAGCGUGUAAUUUGUGAAGAGUCGCGUGAAGAGUCACCGGUACCGAGAAAAAAAAAACGGUGUGAAUUGUUUGAUGUCGUUCCGUCGGUCAUCUCUCCAGCGGUGCCGGAAGUGAGUGGGAGAGAGAAGAGAGCGUCGUCAGAAGACAGUAUCAUAUAUGUGGGGUGUGAAACACUAACCCCAAAAACUAUAGAAAGGGAGCGCUUAAUUUUAAAAGUUAAGAAAAAUAAAGUGGUGGUGACUCCCCAAACUAUUACUGUAGCGGCGGAGGUGCACGCUCCCCCAAGCACUUCAAGUGACUACGUACCUGUUAUCGAGGAUAUCUCCGAGCCCGAAGACGGUACACCUGUGCUAACUUACUCCAAACCCUCUGUCGAGGAUGAAAUAUUAAAUAUCGCUGAUUAUAAAUGGGAAGAAAUUGAGAAACCCAUGACAGAGGUAAAAGUUUUAGAAAAAAAAAUAAUCUCGGAGUCACAGCCGUCACUCAAUACUGUAGUGGCGGAUGUUCUACAAAUCACAAAUAGCGAUGAAGCCCACCACAUCGCGUUUUGUGACGAUUUCAAAGGAGGGUUAGUGGCGGCUCUAGAACGCCAUCGGGACCGCCUCAAGAAUAGGUUGGACGAAAAUAUCAAGGAUAGCGAUUUACUUGAGGAAGCUGUCCAGAAUAUAUUUUCGUAUGCUAAGAAAAUGAUGGAGGCAUUUCAUUUGGAAAAAACUCGCCUAAUCGUUGAUCUUAACAACACAAAAACUCUCCUAGCGAAUGCUGUAAAAUCAGAUUCUCGAGACUUAUUCAGCAAAAAUGCCGCUGGUGAUAUCCGGAGAUGCGGAAUGACGGAUGAGGAUGCAUAAAGCGGUAUAUAUUGUAUUCUACCCCGUAGGCGGCCCCCUGCAACCCUGUAUAGUUAGUAUGCAUGAUUUUUAAAAGUGUAUAUAUUGAAUCAUAGUUUGUAUUUAUGUUUAUUUUUAGUUAGUAUUAAUUAUUUUUUUAAGUGUAUAUAUUAAAUUUUAUAUUUAUGUUUAUUUAUUUAUUUUCUAAUAAAAACGUAUUUAACAAUA